AUCCUGCAUCUGGACACUUCAUUCGCUCAGAUAACCCACAGGCAGAAUACCAACAAUGCAGUCACUCAGGACGCAUGUCGGUCAAAAUACCUUUUAAGACAAAUGUUGGAGCCUCGAUUCACGAAGAAGUCACAGUACACGAGCUAUUCUCAUUCAUUUGCAACAAUUCAUGUGGGGGACUGAACCGACGUGCCAUAUUGGUCGUGUUUACACUGGAGACUGGAGAGUCUCAGGAACUACUUGGAAGAUGCGCAAUUGAGGUUAGAGUGUGCGCAUGCCCAGGACGUGACUCCAAACAAGAUAACGAGGCAGUCAGUAAACCAAGCAGGAAAAAGMGGAAAAUAGCUGCAGAUGGUGUUUCAAGUUCCACACCCGUGACGUCAUUUCCGUCAACRGAAGUCAGCCCCAGUCAACCAGUGAGACCCUCGGUAGAAGAUAACACAGUAUACAAUUUAAAGGUCUGUGGAUAUGUAAAUUAUCUUAUUCUGCGAAAAAUUGCAUAUGCCUUGGAAUUCUUUGCAAAUAUGAAGUCAAGAUUUUCAUCUUUGCCAGAUGAUCCUGAGUUUCCCGAUCUUUUCGGCGAAGGAUUUAAUGACAACCAAGAGCUCGAGUGUGACAGUUGUGAAAACAAUGGACCUUAUGCAAGGCCUAUUCCACAAGCGUCCCCGGUGAUGACAAGCCAGCAGUCUUUACCAAGCUGCGCAGUCAACCGCAGUUCUGGCGAGAUCGAGACCUGGUACCARUCAAACCCACAAGACGUCGCGGGCGCAACMCAAUCAACACCAUAUAUGGGCUGCUACACUUAUAGAAGAAUCACGCUAUCCGUUGAAUAUUUUGAUAAGGAUGAUUAGCGAUGUGUCACGGCUAGGAAAUGUCACGCAAGCGACGUGUCACGCAAUAGCACCUUGCUUCUUUUGACUUUACUUAUAUCAAGAGUUCAGUUUUUUUCUGUAUAAAGAAUAUUCCAUUAUUAAACAAUAUCAUAGGGGAAGCAUUUGAUUUGAUUUGCUCAUGUAAAUCGAAAGGAUAGCUAUCCAAUGAUGCCUAACGGUCUCUAUGACCCAUUUGCUUUCUAGGACAUUCUUCUUCAACUUAACUUCAAGACGUUGUCAUAAAAAAAUCAAAAUAGAGUAAACUUUCUCCAUCGGCUUGUUGAGAUUUCGUCUAAUGGCAUUUCUCACCCAGUAUCAUGGUAGAUUGCCCCGGCCUCAUUAGUUUUGGAGCGCCCAAAUGCGAUAUUGCACGCAAGUCUACGACAUUUUAAUUACUAAGUCAUGCCUUCAGAACUGCAAAAUGCAUUGUUUCUUUCAGUUUCUUUUUCUAGUUGGAGGAUUUUCGAGAUUAAAAUACUUUUUUCAUUCAA